ACAUGUACAAGAGCUCGUACAUGAUGGACUACAGACCGUACAAUGACUACAAUCCACCCAUUGAGAAUCAUACACAGAAGAUUACGUUAGCAGAAGCCCAGCUGAAGGCCAAAGAGUUUGCACAGCCAUCCAAGUCCCAGCCUCCAGUGAUGUAUAGGGAAGAUCCCGUCAGCCAGAGAAAAGAAACCGCUGAAGGACCACACAGUCCAGCAGCUGUUAGCACUGAUGACAAAUUGGAGAUGGGUCACACAGGCUGCUCAUUUGGUCCUGAAUCAUUCCAAGAGGUCCAGGAAGAGCAGAGGAAGUAUUUUAAUACAGUCCUUCCAAAUGCUGAAUCCUACCUCUCUAAAUGUUAUCCCCGCCUUGAGCAAACUGCAGCCCAGGAGGACAAAACGGAGAGCACACAAAUGCCCGCCAUGCCAGAAAGAGGGGCUUCUUCUCCUUCACCAUUUUAUCCCCAGCCUUCUGCAACCACUGAGCAGUGUCCAGGAAAAGACGAUCAGGAAGGGCCAGUAUUUUACAAGCGAAGACAAAGUCAGACCUGGGACAGCUACCAGCAAUUUAUCCUGGAGACGUGCAGAGCGAGGCAAACAAAAGCUCAGCAGAACAGGAGCAUGGUCUUGGGGUCUUCUGUGUUUGGGAAAGAUUGCAGCAAUACAGAGGGGGCAAGCACCUACAGCACAGAUUACAAAUGCUGGUCUGGAGUCCACAAUGGACGUUGCAAAGCACAGAGGAAUUUCUCUAAAAUUGUCUUGGAAGAUGGCCACUUUAACCAGAGCCCCUGGGUUUCAGAAUACAAGGACAGCUACAGUAUUUUCUUGCAGAAGCUGAACUGGCCGUCUCACAGCGCCAUGUCAGCUCUAUGCUCUGCCGUAAAGCCCAUCACACAUCUGUCCCAUGGGCUGGCUUCUCACAAGCCCAUUCCAGUGAAUACAGUCUUCUGAGCGUUGCCAUAAAGACCGUGCUCUGGGAUCUCUCCAAGAUGCCAGCCAUGAUCACAUCUGAGCAAGACCAUAGAGACCUGGAAGACCCUUUCUGUUCUAUAUUUU